AUGACUUCUGGCAGCGGAGCGCCGCCGCCAACGACGCCGUCCACGAAAGCGGCCAGCUCGUCCACGCUGGUGGGGUCGCCAGCACGCACCUUGAACCUCCGCCUCCGGGGCCUGAGCAGCACGACCGCGCCCGCGCCGACCCCGGGCCCGAAGGCGCGCGCGGACUCCGGGUCGCGCACCGCGAACACCUUGACGGGGCCGUCCUGCAGCCGGAGGGACAGCUGCCCGAGCGCGCCCCGCAGCCCGCUCCGCGGGCCGCCGUCGCCGAGGGAGCAGCAGCAGGCAGAAGCCGGGGUCGGCCGGGCCGCACGCCGCGCCGUCGAGGCGGGCCAGCUCCGGCAGGGGGGCGGCCGCCGCGGCGAGGUGCUGGGCCACCGCGCGGGACACGAAGCGCGCCAUCGUCUCCUUCUUCAGCUCCCCUUCAAAGAACUCGCCCUCGAGGGAGUCCCUGUCCUGGGGCACGCGCAGGAGAGCAGGCCGGCGCGCGACGCCGAAGCGCUCCGCCACGGGCGCCUCCGCGCCCGCCAGAACCGCGCCGAGCGCCGCCCGCCCCCGGAACUGCAGCGAGAGCGCCUUCAGGAGCGGCGGGGGCGACCGCCUGCGCGAGCGAUCAGGUGCGGGACCCGCUCGUCGGAGGAGAGCCACGCCCUCGCGGCCCCCAGGCUCGGGAGGCCUCGCAAUAGUCGGCCAUGA